AUGACGCCCUUAAAAUUUGCCCCAGUUUCUGGCAUAGGGGAAGGCUUUUGGAUAUUAGGCAUCAACGUGACUUGUAAAGCUUCUGGUUUAAUGGAGUAUCUUGGCGGUGUAUAUAUAAGUGAAGAGGUCAUUUCUGCUCUAUUAGUAAAGAAACAGUGUGUUUUGCUUGUUGCUGAAUUAACCAUCGAUGAUUUAGAGACAAACCACUUUGUCCUAGUCCAUGGUGGUGGAUUUGGAGCCUGGUGUUGGUAUAAAACCAUUGCACUUUUAGAGGAGGCUGGAUUUAAGGUGACCGCAGUGGAUUUAACUGGUUCAGGCGUUCAUUCUUCUGACACGAAUAGCAUCAUCAGCUUAUCGCAAUACGCAAAGCCACUCACUGAUUUUCUUCAAAAGCUUGCUGAUGGAGAGAAGGUGAUUUUGGUAGGACAUGAUUUCGGUGGUGCAUGCGUAUCAUUUGCCAUGGAGCUCUAUCCCUCUAAAGUUUCAAAGGCUGUAUUUGUUGCUGCAACAAUGCUCACUAGUGGACAAAGUUCCCUUGAUAUCUUCUCAGAAAAGAUGAAGUCAAAUGACCUUAUGAGACGGUCUCAAAUAUUUAUUUAUGCAAAUGGGAAUGACAAACCACCAACAGCCAUUGAUCUGGACAAAUCACUCCUGAAAGACUUAUUAUUCAACCAUAGUCCUGCUAAGGACGUCGCAUUAGCUUCUGUUUCAAUGAGGCCAAUUCCAUUCUCCCCAGUCCUUGAGAAGCUUUCUCUGUCUGACUUCAAGUAUGGUUCCAUCAGACGGUUUUACAUAGAAACAACGGAAGAUAAUGCUAUACCAAUAGCUUUACAACAGAGCAUGAUUAGCCAAAAUCCACCAGAACGGGUUUUUCAUCUCAAGGGUGCUGAUCACUCACCUUUUUUCUCCAAGCCGCAAGCCCUACACCGAAUUUUGGUAGAGAUCUCAACUGUUCCAUCAACAUGAAGCUGUUACGCUUUCAUAAAAUUAUACUGACAUGUUCCAAGUAAUUCAGGUGCUGCCUACACUUAAAAUUGCAUCAGCAUGUAAAGUUGCCCGUCAUGUAUAUGCACAAUAUAUCUAGCUUAUUUGUUCUGUUUAGAUUAUUUGUUGAUGGGGAGAAUUGUCUCGUUGACGCGAAGCCUUUAAAUUUUUUAAGAAGAAGAAAAGAACAGAAAUUAACCCUUUCUUGUUUUCA